CACUACAAAUAAAACCCCCCCCCAAAAGGCCAAAACCCUCGUUUCAUCCACUUGCACACCCUUCUCUCUAGGGUUUUUCAGCUUCUCGGGAAUUCUAUCUUUGAUUCUCGGCGCAACAGCCAUGGCGAUACACUCUCUCUCUCGCUCUCUCCCCAAAACCCUAACCCUAGCCUCCUUCCUCUCCCGCUCUUUCGCCACCUCCAACGCUGCCGCUUCCUCUCGCUCCGCUAUCUCCUCCCUCUCUCUCCUCCGCCCCCUGGCCGCAGCCGGUGUGGUCCUCCGCCGUGUCUCUUCCGCGGCUCCGUUGAGAGGGUUUGCGACGCGCGCGACGUCGUCAUCGCUCAACGAUCCGAACCCCAACUGGUCGAACCGUCCCCCCAAGGAGACGAUCAUGCUCGACGGUUGCGAUUUCGAGCACUGGCUCGUUGUUGUGGAGAAGCCCGAGGGCGACCCCACCAGGGACGAGAUCAUCGAUAGCUACAUCAAAACCCUAGCCAAGGUUAUUGGAAGUGAGGAAGAAGCAAGGAUGAAGAUCUACUCAGUUUCUACAAGAUGCUACUAUGCAUUUGGGGCUCUUGUGUCUGAAGAAAUAUCAUACAAGCUCAAAGAAGUCCCCGGAGUCAGAUGGGUUCUUCCUGAUUCAUAUUUGGAUGUUAGGAACAAAGAUUAUGGAGGUGAACCUUUCAUUAAUGGGUGUGCAGUUCCUUAUGAUCCUAAGUACCAUGAAGAAUGGAUAAGAAACAAUGCUCGAGCGAAUGAGAGAAAUAGGCGCAAUGACAGACCUCGUAAUUUUGAUAGAUCAAGAAAUUUUGAGAGGAGGAGGGAAAACAUGCAGAAUCGAGAUUUCCAAAAUAGGCCUCCAAUGCCUAAUCAGCCUAUGCAGAAUCCUGGGCCCAAUAUGGUUGGACCGCCUGAUCUUCAAAAUAGGUCUCCAAUGCCUAAUCAGACUAUGCAGAAUCCUGGGCCCAAUAUGGCUGGAGUACCCCCUAACAAUAAUAUGGGGAGGAUGCCGCCCAACAACUUUAGUGGUAUGCCACCCAAUAACAGUAUGGGUGGCAACAACUAUAAUGGGAUCCCACCAAACAACAUGCAGCCCAACAACUACAUGCCACCGAACUACAAUGGAAUGCCAACGAACAUGGGGGGGAUGCCGCCGGCGCCAAACAUGGGAGGGAUGCCGCCGCCGCCGCCAAACAUGGGAGGGAUGCCGCCGCCGCCGCCAAACAUGGGAGGAGGGCUGCCGAAUAACAUGGGUGGAGGGCCGCCGAAUAACAUGGGAGGAGGGCCGCUGAAUCCCGCAUGGUCUAAUAACAUGCCUAACAGAGAAUACCAGAGGCCUAACACAGAAUACCAGAGUAGCUACCCUCCGAACAGGAACAUGGGCCCUGGUGGAAACCCUUACUCAGGUUGAAGUAUGCCCAGAAGUGAGAUGCCCACGCCCUCGAGCUGAUUCUUGUAGGCAUGCUGUAGAUAAGUAAGAAGGCUUCCGAUGUUGUCUAGGGGUUAUGCUAUAAUGUUCAUCGAUUUUGAAAAUACUAGCUGGUAUUAGUUUUAUUUAUGCCCUUGGCACACUGCCGGAAUACCUUGGUGUUCAAUUGAAAUAUUAUUACAAUCUGGAAGGUAGAUCCUAUAUGUUACAUUGUGUUUUGAUAACCUGUUAAUGUUCUUGUAAGGUAGACAUAAACGGCUUUGGAUUUACAAUUUCAUUCAUUUGGCGUUGCCUUUAUUUC